AUGGACGGUGCACCUUGGAACCGAGGAGUAUGGAAAAUAUUCGGUGUAAAUGAAGACACUGUUAGCUGUGAACACCCUUGUGACUGCUCACGACGGUUAUGGAUGAUUUCAGAUUUUAAUCAUUUAGUGAAAUGUUUUCGAACAUCUACUUUGGAUGAUAAGCUACAAGAGUUCAAGACCCCUUACGGAACUGUGAAAAAAAGACAUUGGGAAGCGGUAUUAGAGGAAGAGAAUUAUCGUCAGCCUAACUUAAAAAUCGCUUACAAGUUAACACCAGCGCAUUUGAAACCGAAAGGUUUUCAAGUAAUGAAUGUUCCUCUUGCAACUGAAGUGUUUGGUCACGAAAUUUCGGUCGCCAUGGCUCACUAUCAACCCUAUUGCGAGGAAUUGAAGGAUUCAACUGCAACACAAAAAUUUAUUGAUCUUGUAUUCAAUUUGAUACAAGCUAUGUCUUCGCGGAAGACCGUCAUAAAGAAAGACCGGCCGGACGGUGCCUUAAACCAGAAGUAG